AUGACCUCCAUCCCGGUUAAACUCUUUCUUCGGAGCACUAAAAAAGCCCAUCCAGACAUUCCUCUAAGUCACAUGAAGUCGGUAGAGAUCGGUCGUAGUCCCCAAACCAAGAUCAAAGACACCAAAGUCUCGAAGAAACACUUGAGACUUCUGGCCAAUUGUUUCGCCAGAAGUGUUCAAGUCACUCAAUUGGGAGCUAAUCCCAGUUGGGUCCAAGGAUCGAUUCUGAAAACAGACGAAACUCGGAACAUUGCCCCUAAUGAUAUCCUGGAACUUGGUCAAGAUGACCACCGCUACGAGCUGAUCAUGGAAGCUCCCAAAGCCACGAAAGAUCCGUCCCAAACCCAUCUUGAGGAUCGAGCGCUGGUUCAUCCGGGUCAUUGGUCAAUGGCUUUGAUUCGUGCCAUCAAAGAUGAUACUCUCAAACUCUUCGAAGACGACUCGAUGGUUGUCAUUCGGGAUGCCUACCCAAAAGCCCGGCAACAUUAUCUGGUUGUGGCCAAAGAUAGCAUUGACUCUUUGAAAGAGAUGGAUCUCGAGAACGUGGCUCUCUUGGAGCAAAUGAUAGCCAAGGGCCACGAUUUCAAAGCCAAACAUCCGGAUUUGGAAUUCCGACUGGGUUUCCAUGCCAUCCCAAGCAUGGCCCGGCUUCAUCUUCAUGUGGUGAGUCAAGACUUUGAUUCGCCUUGUCUCAAGAACUUGAAGCAUUGGAACUCUUUCACCAGCGAGUUCUUCGUGCCCGCAGAUGUGGUCUUGGCGAAGAUCAAAAGUGACGGCGUGUACCCGCAGAUUUCUGGUGAGGAGAGCAAGAAGCUUCUGAGUACGCCGUUGAAAUGUCACAAAUGCUCCUACAAGCCAAAACAUCUACCUGAUCUCAAGAAGCAUAUCGUGUUGAAGCAUUACCCUAAAAAGAUGAGGGAAUAA